UAACCUGAAUUUCCAGUCGAACAUUAUUGGACCAGCAAAGUAGUGUUUUAAUCUGCUGCUCUUUGUGCCAAAGGAUCUUUGUAGACAUGUCAACCAGAUGGGGAAUCUGUAGCGCAGGCAAGAUCAGCCAUGACUUCAUGGUGGCUAUGAAAACUCUUCCACCUGAAGAUCACCAGGCUGUGGCUGUAGCAGCCCGCCGACUGGAUGAUGCAAAGCAGUUUGCAAAAACGCACAGCAUCCCUCGAGCAUAUGGAACCUACGAAGAGCUGGCCAAGGAUCCCAAUAUUGAUGUGAUAUACAUUGGCACCAUCCAGACCAACCACCUGAGCUCCUGUUUGCUCUUCUUGAAUGCCAAGAAGCCUGUCUUGUGUGAGAAGUCUCUGGCCAUGACCACCAAGGAGGUUAAGGAGAUCCUGGCCUGUGCCAAGAAGAACAAUGUCUUUCUCAUGGAGGCCAUCUGGAGCCGAUUCUACCCGGCCUACAGAGAGAUCAGGAAGGUUCUGGCUCAGGGCGAGAUCGGCGAGGUGAGGUUGGUGAGGUCCGAGUUCGGCUUGUCCGUGUUGCCUCUGCCAAGGUUAGAGCUGAAGGAGCUGGGAGGAGGAGCCCUGCUGGACAUCGGUCUCUACCCGCUGCAGUUCUCCAUGAUGAUAUACGGAGAGAGGCCUCAGAGCAUCCAGACUAUGGGCAAGGUUCUGCCUACUGGAGUGGAUGAGACCUUGGUGAUAAAUAUGAAGUUCUCCAAGGACAGGUUAGCUGUGUUCACAAGCUCCUCUGGACUGCAGCUGGCCAAUGAUGCCGUUGUAGUGGGCACCAAGGGAUUAAUCCGGAUUCCAUCGCACAUGUGGUGCCCUGAGACUAUAGUGGUGAACGGCAAGGAGAGGAAUUUCCCUCUACCGAAACCCGACUUGCCCCUCAACUUCGUCCACAGCACAGGACUGCGCUACGAAGCAGAGGAGGUCCGACAGUGUUUGCUCAAAGGGAUGAAGGAGUCCCCCCACAUGUCUCACGCUGAGUCUCUUCUACUGGCUGAACUCAAAGAGGAAAUCCUCCAACAAGUCGGAGUAGUUUACGACUAAAGUUUUUUUUAUUUUUUCCUGGGAUGUCAAUGUCUGAAAAUGUUGGACAUUGUAUGGAAUAAAAAAAAAACUUGCCAUAUGA